GGAAUCGAUAUCAGUUUCGAUUUAUCUAUUCGAGCCUAAGCAAGCAAAAUGACCGGCCGCGGCAAAGGAGGAAAAGGACUCGGAAAAGGAGGCGCCAAGCGGCAUCGCAAGGUUCUGCGAGACAACAUCCAGGGCAUCACGAAGCCCGCCAUCCGUCGACUGGCUCGCCGUGGAGGUGUCAAACGAAUCUCCGGUUUGAUCUAUGAGGAAACGCGAGGAGUACUGAAGGUGUUUCUGGAGAACGUGAUUCGAGAUGCUGUGACCUACACGGAACAUGCCAAACGCAAGACCGUCACCGCCAUGGAUGUGGUUUACGCGCUGAAGCGGCAAGGGCGCACUCUGUACGGCUUCGGAGGUUAGGUUGCGGAAUUUGGAACCUUUGCGUUAAAAAACAGCCCUUUUCAGGGCUACGAAAUAAA